CGUUUUUUCUUGCAUGAAAAACAUUCGAUAUUGUAUUUUGUUAUUUUUAUUGAGCUCGAUUUUCUUUUCAAUGUUGUUUUCAGCAAAUUAAAUUUGAUUUUUUGGAAGAAAACAUCAAUCAUGAUGGCCAAAACAGUGGAUAAAAUUAUUGAUAUUGAUAUAUUUCAAGAUGUUUUCGGUUCAUUCGAUAAAAAUUUUAUUAAAUCAAUCGUUUCGAUUUCCAGUGUUUUCUAUGAUGAACAAAACUUUUUGAUGAUGACAAAAAAUUCUACGUUUGCUUAUGGUGAACGAAUUUGUGAAAUGUUAUCAUUGGAACAUGAUUCAUCCAAACCACAAAAAAUUUAUUUAUUAAAUUUUAUCAAAAUUGUUCAAGUAGAUUUUGGUGACAAUUUUGUCGUUCUUCUCACUAAUGAUGGUCAUGUUUAUGUAGCCAGUGAUGAUGAUGUCUGGAAUACGAAAAGAACAAUUAAAUUAAUAACUGUCAGUGAUAAUGAUGGUCGUUUCAAAAUGAUUGCUUGUGGAGAAUCGGACUUUCUAUUGUUGCGACAGGAUGGUACUGUUUUCAAAAGUUUUGACGAUUCCCAAAAAUCUCGACAAAAACGUAUUGAACCUGUUGACGAUUUAAGGAAUGUGAAACUUAUUGCUUGUGGUUUAAGUCAUUGGUUUGCAUUGACAAAUAGAGAAAAACUUUAUUCAUGGGGAGACAACGAAUUUGGACAAUUGGGUCUUGAUAGUUAUAGUAGUAGUGUUUAUCAACCAAUAUUUGUUCAAUUUCCUAGUGAUUCGAUUGAUAGUCGGGUCAAAGAUAUUGCGACUGGCAGGUAUUUUUCCUUAAUUUUACUGGAAAAUGGGCAACUUUAUUUUUGUGGCAUUGAUUUGGCUGAUAAAUACUCCGAAUCUAAAAAGGUUUUUUCUCCAAAAUUAGUUCUUAGCAAAGUAGAAAGAAUUGCCACUUCAAAAUAUAGUAAAUUUGUAUUAGCUUAUAGUAAUUCAUCGUAUUAUGUAUGGGGAAAAAUUUACGGACGUCAUUGGCCUUCAUUCACUAAAUUAAAUUUUCAACCAAAAUCAUUUGCAGCUGUUAUUGAAAAAUUCACUCCCUUACCAUUUACAUUUGGUCUGACAUCAACAUUUUAUCAAAUUGAAGAUUGUAAUCAUUCACUUCGAAAACCCGAAGAAUCGAUUCGUCUAUUAUUUGAUAAUCCGUAUAAUUAUGAUGUUGAAUUCAUCAUUGGCGAACAACAACAACGUAUUGUGGCAAGUAAAUGCUAUCUAAAAUCGGUAUCGGAAUAUUUUCGCAAAAUGUUAUCUGGGAAAUGGCGAGAAAAUGAUCGUAUAAUGAUUGAUUCAUAUUCUUAUGAUACAUAUUAUUCAUAUCUAAAUAUGUUACAUUGUGGUCAUAAGGAUUCAAUCAAAAUCAAUGCAAACAAUAUUGCCGAAUUCAUUGAUCUAGCACAUUGUUAUUGUGAUCAAGAAUUGAUUGAUUAUUGUAAAUAUUUUAUUCGAAAUGAUCUUAAUGAAAAAACAUUACAAAUUUAUCUUCCAAUAAUUGUUAAAUAUCAACUUGAUGGAUUCAAUGAUAAACUUCGACAAAUUACAUUUGAAAAUGUAUUGCCAAAAAUUCAAAAUGAAUCAAUUCAAGAUUUUCUUCAAAAUCUUUUGCAUCUUUAAUAA